AUGACCAAGCUCAAGGAGGCGGUGACCUUCAAGGACGUGGCUGUGGUCUUCACGGAGGAGGAGCUGGGGCUGCUGGACUCUGCCCAGAAGAAGCUGUACCAGGAAGUGAUGCUGGAGAACUUCCAGAACCUGGUCUCAGUGGGGCAUCAAUCAUUCACACCAGAUGUAAUAUCCCAGUUAAAGAGAGAAGAAAAUCUUUGGAUGAUAAAGAUAGCAACCCAGAGCUGUCGCUCCUUGGGAGACAAGAAUCUAAAUGGCAUGGAGACUCUUCAGGAAGUUGGAUUAAGGUAUCUGCCACAUGAAGAGCUUUUCUGCUCACAAAUAUGGCAACAGGUUACAAAGGAAUUAACCGGGUGUCAAGAUUCCAUGGGAUAUAUUCAAGGAACUGGCUCUCAGAUGGAAAAACAAGGUGGCACACUCAAUAAAGAUGAGGAGUUUGGUAAAGACUUCAGUCAGACUUCACAUCUUCAAGUUCACCACAGAGACCACACUGGAGAAAAACCCUACAAAGGGGUGGAGUGUGAGAAAGGUUUCAUACGGGACUCUCACCUUCAAAUGAACCAGACAGCCCACGUAGGAGAGAAGCCCUACAAGUGUGAAAAAUGUGAAAAUGCCUUCCGUCGGCUUUCAAGUCUUCAAGCCCAUCAGAGAGUCCACAGUAGAACAAGAUUGAACAAAUAUGAUAUGUCGUGUAAGAGUUUCAGUCAGAGGUCAUAUCUUCGUCAUCAUCAGAGGGUCCCCACUGGAGAGGAUCCACACAGAUUUGAGGAGUGUGGGAGGAACGUCGGGAAAAGCUCACAUUCUCAAGCUCCUCCCAUAGCCCACAUGUUGGAGAAACCCUAUAAAUGUGAGGAGUGUGGACUGGGCUUCAGUCAGCGCUCCUAUCUUCACAUCCAUCAGAGAGCCCACAUAGGAAAGAAACCUUAUAAAUGUGAAGAGUGUGGGAAGGGCUUCAGUUGGCGUUCACGCCUACAGGCUCAUCAGCGAAUCCACACUGGGGAGAAACCCUACAAAUGUGAGGCAUGUGGCAAGGGCUUUAGUUACAGCUCACACCUGAACAUCCACUGUAGAAUCCACACAGGCGAGAAACCCUUUAAGUGUGAGGAGUGUGGGAAAGGCUUCAGUGUGGGUUCCCACCUCCAAGCCCAUCAGAUAAGCCACACGGGAGAGAAACCAUACAAAUGUGAGGAGUGUGGCAAGGGCUUCUGUCGGGCCUCAAAUCUUCUGGACCAUCAGAGAGGCCACAGUGGUGAGAAACCAUAUCAGUGCGAUGCAUGUGGAAAGGGCUUUAGUCGUAGCUCAGAUUUUAACAUUCAUUUUAGAGUCCAUACAGGAGAAAAACCCUAUAAGUGCGAGGAGUGUGGGAAAGGUUUCAGUCAGGCCUCAAAUCUUCUGGCCCAUCAAAGAGGCCACACUGGAGAAAAACCAUACAAAUGUGGUACAUGUGGGAAGGGCUUCAGCCGGAGUUCAGAUCUUAACGUUCAUUGUCGAAUCCACACAGGAGAGAAACCCUAUAAAUGUGAGAAGUGCGGGAAGGCCUUCAGUCAGUUCUCAAGCCUUCAAGUGCAUCAAAGAGUCCAUACCGGAGAGAAACCAUACCAGUGUGCAGAGUGUGGGAAAGGCUUCAGUGUGGGCUCACAGCUUCAGGCCCAUCAGAGGUGUCACACUGGAGAAAAACCCUACCAGUGUGAGGAGUGUGGGAAGGGCUUCUGUCGGGCCUCAAAUUUUCUGGCUCACCGUGGAGUCCACACAGGAGAGAAACCAUACCGAUGCGAUGUGUGCAGUAAGCGCUUCAGACAGAGAUCAUACCUUCAAGCCCACCAGAGGGUGCACACUGGAGAGAAACCAUAUAAGUGUGAGGAAUGUGGUAAGGUCUUCAGUUGGAGCUCAUACCUUCAAGCCCAUCAGAGAGUCCACACUGGGGAAAAACCAUACAAAUGUGAGGAGUGUGGGAAAGGCUUCAGUUGGAGCUCAAGUCUUAUAAUUCAUCAGCGAGUCCAUGCUGGGGAUGAGGGUGACAAGGACUGUCCCUCAUCAGAGAAUACGUACAGCAAAGAAGCUCUAUAA